UUUACACUUGGUUUGAAUUAUAUCAUCCCGGGAGCGAAUUUUUGCUGCCUCCAAAACUUAUUUAUUUACAUUUCGCAUUCAAGUUAUAAUUUGCACUAUUUAGUUAAUUGAGAUGUCGUUAAGCCAAGACGAAGGGCACAGUUUCGUCUCUAUUGACGACUUGGAACCUCGUCUUCCACCGAGAUUAUCCCGAUAUCCGGCACCAUUUGACUUUCCCGAGAAACCAGUCUUCCAAGUACCCGAUAUAUCACUCAUCUUCGACUCGGACAUUAUUCCUGACAAUUCUUCUCUGCCUGGAAACACACCGAAACAAAAUGCAAAUUCAUCACAAACUUCUCUCGGCAGAGUUACACCCUCAAGUCAAAAUAGUUCUGGGAUGGUGGAAACUACUUCGCCAGCUGGGGUGAUAAAUUCCAGAAGUUCGGAACCUACUUUACGCAACAAUUUGCUAAAUUCUUCCGGCCAGGGGAUAAGUAGCAUGGAUAAGAUAAACUCUGCUCAGUCUAUUGGUGCGGAUUAUAAUGUUUUCAAAGAACUGCAGUCACAACGGGAGACGAUAACACGGAUGGAGGAAAAAUUAGAUAAAAUUAUGCAAUUUCAGGAUGGAUUUCUAUCUCAGAUCUUUCGUCGAGGAGCCCUUAUUUCUACCCAGGUCCAAACGGACGACGUUUCUAAUAAAAAAUUAACUCGUCGGUCGCAACCGAAAAGGACUACGACAACCACAUCGGACAAUGACUCACCCAUUCUAACCCCUAAGCAUCAACAUCGUCACCCUAAUAAUCAAAAUAAGCAGAAAAACGGUAGACAAUUUGAGAGAAUUCUGACCCAAGAGAGAGUGCAGAAUAAUAAUUCCUUGUCACCCAUGCAACUUCCCAGUUUCAAUGCGCCAAGUGAUCUCUUAUCGGCGGCGAGUGGGAUAAAAUCCCUUCAACUCCAAGACUUUGAGGAUGACAGUUCUCAUAGUGGAAGCGGGGAGCUAUUCGGUUCAGACGCUUCAUCUUCUGACGAGGAUGAAAACCCUGUAAAGCCUGUUAUUAAGGUAAAACCACCAGGACAAAACGUGUCACCCAAUGGAAAUCUCAUGUUUAGCGAUCCAUCACGGCAAGCUUCUCCUGGGGCCAAGUUAUGGACACCGCCACCUCAGCCAUCUCCACAUCCAUUCGAGAAUAAUACAGAAAGAACCAGAAAUCCGUGUUCUAACGAGAAUAAUCGUAUUUCGUCCGGACGGCAUCAUAAUCAACAUCGAUACAAAUCCACACCUAGGACUGGUUCCAAUUUUCAUUCCCCUGCACAAAAAUAUCCUAAUUCUAACGAGUUACGAGGGUUUGAUGCGAUACAAACCAACGCUACAACCGGUCCAACUGAAACAACCGUUUACGGCAUGACGCCAUCAAAUCUUUCCUUUGCUACAAAAGAAUACCUUCACCGAUACGGCCUUGUCACGCAACAACAAUCUCCACGUCACCAAAGUCCCACCCCAAACGAGGCACCCCGUCAAUCACGACCACCCCAUAAAAACUUUGCGAAGCGUUAUGAAGAAGACAGGAUCCUUAACAUUACAGAAAUUAAGAACCAACCAAAGUUCUUGUAAACUCAGAAAAUAAUAAGGAGAAAAGUGUAGCUUUAUCAUAAUUACGAAGGCGUGCUACACUUUUACAUGUAUGUAACUAGUUUACUAAUUUACUUAAAGAAUGCUUGUACACUUGAUGGAGGAAUCAAAACCUCUUGUCGUCAUACUUAUAAUGACGAAUAUUUGUAAUAAUUUAUAUUUUUAAAUAUGCAAUAUCAUGCAAACCGAUGAACAAUAAGUUGACCCAGUUAUUUUAUUGUUACAAAAGUAUUAUCACCGAUGCAAUGACCAUCCCUUGUUUUUGUCUAAAGUGGAAAUUGGCAGAUCAUUCCUGCCUACAUUACAUAUGUAUGUAUGCGUGUACCUUCAAUACUUUUGUACUGAUGUAUCUCAUUGAUAAAUGCUAUCGAAUAAAAAGGGUCCCAUCUGAAAUAGCAUAAAA